AUGAACACUUCGAGUACAGGUACUAUGCAGCUUGCGAUGAUUCCGCGUCUCGGAGAUAAGUCUGACGACAAAGGGCCGAGAGAGCCCAAACUCUCAAUUGAGCAUGACCGCAGUGCCAAUUAG